AGAAAUGUCAUGGGCGGAGCAUUGGGUAAAAUCGAAAGUAGCUGAAGGAUUUUAUUCCUGCCCCCUGUUUGAGAAGGCUUGGAAAAUGUGGUGUGACACUGUUAGUUUGUUCGGGAAGUGAGUGAGGAUGGAGGGGGUGACGGAUGAACUAACCUGUUGUAUCUGUUGCGAGAUGUUCCAGGAGCCGGUCAUGUUGGAUUGCAUGCACCAUUUCUGCAAGAAAUGCAUCUUACACUUCUGGAGGGGCUCCCACAACAGCUUCACUUGCCCCCAGUGUCGCCGCCGGUUCAGCUCCAAGAAUUUCCGCACCAAUUACCUGGUGGCCGGGGUGGUGGAGAGGCUCAGAGGGGCGAGCACCCAGGAUGUCCGGCACCGGUUACAGAAACAGCUGACCGACCUCCAGAAAUGUCACCGGGAUCAGAAGGACAUGAUCGUGAAGAUGAAGAAACGAGACGAAGGAAAGGUGGCGGAAAUCAAGAGGGAAUCGGCUGAGCUCCAGCAGAAAGUGAGGAGUGACUUUGAGAAGAUGCACCAGAUCCUGUGGAAGGAGGAGAGCAGCCUGGUGACUGAACUGCAGCGAGACGAGGCCUCCGCUCUGGAGAAGCUGCAGAGACACAUUGAGCAGCUGGACGUGGGCCUUGAGGAGCUGGAGCAGCUCAUCAGCAGCACCCAGGGCUGUCUGGAGCAGCUGAAGACCACCGUGCUGUUUGAGACCCGGGGUCUUGCAGGCAGUGUGCAGAUUGAGAAUGAGCCUGAUAUCAGUGGUCAUCUUCGUGCUGCCCGUUACACUGGGCCCCUUCAGUACAUCGUCUGGAAGAAGAUGUAUAAGUCGCUGGAACCAGCUCCAACCCGACUGACCUUUGACCCAAACACCGCUCACCCUAACCUGCUUGUGUCAGACGAUCUGACUCGUGUGUCCGAGGUCAAUGAGCAGCAGCCUGUGGCCAAUAAUCCCGAGCGAUUCGAUAAGUGCGUCAAUGUCCUGAGCUCCCAGAGCUUCUCCAGUGGGAGGCACUACUGGGAGGUGGGAGUGGCCGGGAAGACCAAGUGGGACCUGGGUAUUGCCAAGGAGACGGUGGACCGUAAGGUGGUGGUCAGAGUUGCACCUUCCAAUGGCUACUGGACCCUUCGCCUGAGGGAUGGUGAGCAGUACUGGGCUGGCACGUUGCCAUGGAAACAGCUGCCCAUUCAGAAGAAGCUGAAGAGGAUCGGGGUGUUCCUGGAUUUUGAUGGCGGUCGCCUUUCGUUCUAUGAUGCUGAGGACAUGUCUCACCUCCUGACCUUCCGCCAGACCUUCUCUGAGAGGGUCUUUGCCUUCUUCAGCACCUGCUUCAGUGACAACGGGCUGAACUCUGCGCCUCUCCAACUCUGCAAUGGUAACCCUUAGAAAGGGGCUAGGUUAUUGGGAGAAGGGUGGGGGUGUGGGGGUGGGGUGCGUGGUGGUGCUGGCCUGCGCUGGGAAGGCUAGAAUGCAGUGGUUGCUUUCUGCGACAUGAACUGUCAAGCUGUGAUCUUGCAUGUGCUGGCUUUGGGAUCCACAACCUAACCCCUCCCCGGCCCACUUCAGUUGCUGAGAUGAUAGAGAGGGUGCGACGGAGAGUUCAACAUUCUGCCAUUCUCUUAAUUCCCCUGUCCUCUCUUGCUCUCCCUCCUUCCCCUCGCCCUCUGUCUUUGUUUCCUCUGUCUCUCCCUGGAUCCUGCAUUAACUUGAAGUGGGGGUAGGGUGGCGUAGUUGAUCCUUUUGCUAGUUGCAAAGUUGACCCCUGCUCCUGCUUAAUGUUCCAAGGGAGAGAUUCCCCCAAAUUCACCUUCCUGCCAUCUGGUGGUGACCUACAGAACUGCAGCUACCAAAAUCUGCUUUGGCAUUAAUCAAUAUAACCUAUUAAAUUCAGCGGAUUAAAUUGGAAAUUUCUGUGGUUUGGACAGUUGAGUUUACCUUUUUUUCUGGAUUUAACUUUCUGUAAUUCUUUUUAACCUGUUGGCAGCAAGAGGAAGAUUUGUCAGUCCCCGCUCUUGUGGUUGUCUUUCAGUUUCUCUUUUUCUUGGUUUUUGCAGUCCUCCCUUACUCCACCCCCCUGUCUCUGCCUCAUGCUCCCCUUGUAUGUACUUGUCUAUCUUUACCAAAUUAUGUUUUAGUUUGUGGUACUUAUAUCCUCCUGUCCUCCCAAAUACAGACCAGUUAGACCGCAAUGGUAAUUUCUUUAAUUUUUUUUCACCUAUAAAUGAAUGGAUUAUAAAUAAUCUUUUGCAGCUGAUUCUGUUCUACUUUGAAUAGAGUAGUCAAGCUCCUCCAAAGUUUUAUUCAAGCAAACAAUCAACUUAUUAUUUAGAUAGCAAUGUGUAGUUUUGGAGAGUUGCUUAAAUCGAGGUACACAGAGCAGAACAUCUGUCAUUUCCAGAUUUUUGUGGAUAGGAUAUGGCCUCAGAAAGGCACAUGAUGUGUCAAACGUGGUGAGCGGGCCAGGGAAAAGGAUGAACAACAUUUGUUAAUGCUUCGUUGUGAACUGUAUUUUGAAUAUUCUGCUCAUUUUAUGAUUUCUGUUUUUGCCUGUAUUCAUCAUUUAAAAAUUAAAAGCUGCAUCAUGAAGACUGA